UCAACACGUCAAUAUGCCACCAAUUCGCAAAAAAGAUUCAAAAGAUUUGAUUGAGCAAGAAGGCCGAAUCUUAUUGGCUAUUUCCGAUUUUCAGAAUGGCAAAAUUCCAAAAAUUGCACAAGCUGCUAGAAUUUACAAUAUCCCCCGUACCACUCUCCGGAAUCGACUACAUGGCAUUGAACAAAGAAUGCUUGUACAAGCUGCUAUAUCCGAAUAUGGGAUCUUACCGGAAGAUAUAUACAAUUUUGAUGAGACCGGCUUUGCCAUGGGACUCUGCGCAACUGCAAAAGUUAUUACCGGAAGCGAUCGAUAUGCUCGGCCGAAGCUUUUACAGCCUGGAAAUCGAGAAUGGGUGACUGCAAUUGAAGCAACAAAUUCAACCGGUUGGGCUCUGCCUUCCUUCGCAGCCACCGGAUUGGUGCCUUUCAAUCCGGAUCGAGUUAUCCAACAGCUUAAUAUUCAAUUAAAGACGCCAACCCCCCCUUCCAAGUUGAUCAAGCAAUUCACAAUCAUCCUGCUUACAAACACCUCAAAAUACACGUCAAUUUAUACGCCAGUCAACUACAAUAACGAAGCGUAUAAAUGA